AUACAUAUUUCGAGCGGGAAUGUAACAAGUCGUUACAAUGUGAUAUUCACCAUUAAAUACUUUAACCUUUUAAUAAUUUGUAAAUUAGUUAUUUCAAAAGUAUUUGAUAUCAAAUUUAUAUAUUUCAAAUUUAACCUAUUGGGUAUAAUUAUUUUAUUUUUUAAAAAAUCACUUACAUCCAAAAAUUUAUUUGUUACAUAGAUCAAUAUGCAGUGUCAAUUAAUAAUUGUGUGUUCAAUAGUAGCCAUUACACCAUGUACAUCGUUUCUUAGCUGGGUUUGGAGCAAAUCAUCAGAUGACAGUGUUUCAGAUGUGGAUCGGCUUUCAUUAAUUUCUAUUCCAUUUGAAGCAACAGUUGAAGAUGAUAAGUUUUUACAAGAAGCAUCUAAACUCACAGACAUCCAAUUAUCAUCUCCAUUAGAAAUUUGUCAACACAAAAUUGUAUUGAAAUUAAAAGGAUCUUGUAGUUCCAUGACAGAAGAAGAGUUAGGAAAGCUGAGUGUUGGUUUAUUGAAUUGUCAAUCAGCUGUAGAAGGUCGUCAAAUAUUUCUAUGUACUGAAAAUAUGUCACUGAAACAAUGUACAAUAAACAUGGAUGCAAACAUGUGGAAUGCUUAUCAUUUAAUGAGUAAUCGAGCAAGAGCUAUAUGUUCUUCUGUACGCAAUGUACAAUUUCGUGCCCUUAGUGAAUUAGCUAUUAAUAAAUUAGUACAAAGUGCACGAUCCCAGAUUGAUUCCCUAAACUCUUUGAAGAAAAGCCAUGACUUUUUGAAAGAUACUACAGAAGAAGUUUUAUCCAUGAUUGAAGAAAAAAAUCGAAUUCUAACAGAAGAAUAUAAAUAUCUCAAGAAUGCUCAGCUUACUGCAUAUAGACAUAUUCAGGAACAUCUUCGAGAUUUAUACAAUGAAAAAUCUCUGAUUCGUUCUGGUCAUGCACAAUUGACAGCAAUGUUUGAUGAUAUAGAAGAUAAAAUAGAAAAAACAGAGAAACAUUUCACAGCACAGUUUUUGGAAAUUCAAGGGAGUCAUGAAGAAUUACUAAAUACCUUGACAGUAUUACACCAAAAAUGUCUAGAGAGAUUAGAAAAAAUAAAUAAUACAAUAUAUUCAAUUGAAAAUAUGAUAGAUACAAUACAUCAACAAAUGAGAACAAUUACAGACUGGUUGAAUCUUUAUUUUGAUAAUUCUGAUAAUCAAUUUGCAAUGUAUGUCUACAUAUCAUUUCAUAUUUUUUAUUUACUUGGAGCAAUGAUAAUCGCAGCAUUCUUGAAUUUACCAUUUUUCGUAAGAUUACUUAUUGUUAUAUUGAUACCAUUGAAUACGAUGAUUUUAUUGAAAGACGGAAUGGAAGCCGAUUUGGAUUUCACUUCGAUUACUCUUUUAUUAUUUUUAUCAACUAUAGGGUACUACAUUUUCAAUAAUAUAUGCAAUUUCAUCUCAUUUAUAAUCAAGAAACUGACGCCAAAAAAAGCUGCUCCAAAAGAUACGCAAACAUCAUAUUUUUCACCAUUUAAAAAAAUAAAGAGUGUACUGUUAUUAGUAACAAGUUUGAAGACUAUUAUUUUAUAUAUCAAAAAACGAUUAGUUCAAAUUUUAUUCUCAAAAAAAAAGUUUCAUGAACAUUUAAAUGAGUAUCCAAGUUUAAUAUCAGAGGAUAGCGAUGACAACAAAUCCAUACAUUUGGAAAAUACUUUAGAAGAAGACGAAUAUUUUGAACAUGUUGGAUGUCGUUUGCGACAAAAAACAUUGAACAAUAUCUACUCAUUAUCUGAAAUAAAGUUAUCAAAAUCACAAAUCUCUCCAGAGCUUUGUUUGGCUAAAACCAAAUUAGGAGGAAAAUGUCGAACUCAUGUGAAAUCUGGUCUACUGUAUUGUGAUCGCCAUAAAUGAUGUACUGAAUCAAGUAAAUUUACUAAAUUUUGUAUUAUAAAUAUUGAUGUUAAAAACUUGGUACAUUCUUAAGUAUUUAUUUUUUUAUUCUUAAAUUUUGUAUCAAAAGACUUAAGUGAAAAUAAAUUUUUGCUAUA